UUUGAGAGCCUGCACCAAAUGACGAGCGCAAGCGCAGUCUCCUGGGACACUCGCCCUUUCGUUGCGGCUGCCGUUGCUUCACUCGUAGUUGCCAUCGUGUGCUAUUUGCUCCAGAAGAAGGGGACAUUGAACGACUCCCGGAAGCCCGUGCGCCCACGUUCAGCGCGAGCCAUGAAAAACGCGCCACCCGUUUUCCCGAACGGAUGGAUUCCUGUUGUGGAGUCUGCGCAGCUUCAGACGGGUGAAGUGAAGGCUCUCAACGUCAUUGGUCUAGAGCUGGUCGCAUUCCGCACUGAGGACGGAAUUGCACAUGUUAUGGACGCUUACUGUCCACAUCUGGGAGCCCACUUGGGGGUGAUGGGCCGCGUGGUGGGAGACUGCAUAGAGUGCCCGUUCCAUGGGUGGAGAUUCCAGGGAGAGACUGGAGUUUGUACACACGUCCCAUACGCUGUCAAAGUUCCAGACUUUGUCAAGGCAACUAAGUGGGAGGCGCGCGAAACUCUCGGCCUGGUGUUCGUGUGGUACCACGCGGAUGGUGCGGCUCCUUCUUGGCAGCUGCCGGACGUACCCGAAGUCGAGAAGGGACUCUGGACGCAAGAGGGCCGCUUCGAGCACAUCGUGGAGGCACACAUUCAAGACAUCGCUGAGAACGGCGCUGACAUUGGGCAUUUUAACCAAAUUCAUCGCGCUUCGUGCUUCAUGACCAGCGAACAGUUCCAGCAAACACUUGGGAAUACCUGGUGGGGUCGCUUGGUCAACCACUCCUGGCAGGCUACCUGGACUCCUCAUGACCACACGGCUUCGGUGGACGUGGCAGCCUGUGUGUCAGUGCUUGGCACCUGUCCCGAGUUUCUCAAGCAUCGUGUUGAGGUGCUUCAAGUGGGGCCCGCUCUGGUGCUGGUGCGCUUGCAUAGCCGUCACGGUGGUUGCCUCAUCGUCCAGUCCUUGACGCCCUUGGCACCCUUCCGAGUGCACCUUGUCCAUCGAUUCUACCCUGAGCCCAAACUGCCUUGGAUUAUCCGGCGUCUGAACGUCCUGGGCUUCAGACAUAUGGUGGAGAGGGAUAUAGCCGUGUGGAACUACAAGACCUACAUGAAGCAUCCCGCCCUGGUCAAGGAAGACCGGACGAUUGUGGCUUUCCGCAAAUGGUUCUCGCAGUUCUACAGUGAAAGCAGCCCCACGUGGCGUGAUGUGAUGGAGAACAGUCUUGACUGGUGAACUCCUUCUUGUAGUGCCAAAGAAAAAGAGUACUUGGACACCAUAGUGCAUGUGUUUUCAUCGCAGCUAUAGCUGUGCUGUCUCUUCGUCAGAGUAAGUAAUGUGACUCUUAAAAGUUCAACUGACACGAUGCACUGACAUCGUGAUUUAGGAGUUGCUUCUAUCACUGGACGCUGCGCAGCCGUGGACUUUAAGUAGUUGCUUGCAGCCAGAUCAUUGCAGUGGUGCCUCCUUCCAGCUCUGUAGUCGGUUUACUCGCGUAUUUAUGAUAUGUAUCUUUUAGCGUUAUAAUUGUUUACGCAUCUUGUUCUUUACAUGCAGGUGACCAUACACAAAGCUUACUAAGCGUACAAGGAAAGAUAAACUGCAAGUAUGAAAAUGAAGCCUAUAGUUCAGCGUUUUGCUGAAUGAAGUUUUAGAGCUUUCAAGGAGCACGAGCGCACACAUUUGAAACUGUAAAGUUUCUGCCACACGUUUCUCGUGGACGCAAGGGUACGAAAACACAACAUGAAAAUUGUGGGUGUAAAAUACUUUAAUUGAACACGAAUAUUGGGUGCAAAACACCCAAUAUAGCUGCAUCGACAUCACGGUGAUUCCUUAAACGCAGUGCGAAAUUGUAUACGCUGAGUUAGAGCACGAAUAAAUUUUGUAGCAUGUAUUUCUUGUAUCAGAAAGGCAAGCUGCGUGAUUAAGCCGGUAAUUAAAUGUCUGGUGAAUUGGUGCAGUGUGUGAAGGUGAACAAGAGGAAAUAAAGACAUUGUGAAGAAUACUACUAAUAAAAGAAACACAUAGUAACC